AUGUCUUCUCAUCCGCACUCAAACCAUCCCCUCUAUGCCUUCCUCCAGUCCGAUUCGAGCAGGCCUCGUGGCCCAGAGAGCACUGCUCGGGGCGAGCGCAUCGCUACUGAGGGGACCGACUCAGACAAAGCGGGGGCUGAUCGUACGCUCAAUAAGCAUCUGAUCUCUCUUCUCACAACCAUCCAAGCCCAUUCCACCCAGCUCGAUCAAAUGGUCAAACACGUCAACUCUCUGGUCAGAAGAGUCGAAUCCGUUGAAAGUAUAUUUAGUGAUGGUCAAGAGCAGAUCCAACAAUCUGUAGGCGAAUUCAGAUCGGACACCGAGAAAAUAGCUUUGCAAACCGCCGACCGAAUCAAUCUCACCCUUCAACCUACCCUGAACUUGUUCACGGAUUCUCUUACCACAGUCAAUCGGCAGCUUGAAACCGUGGGCUCACAAGCCGUCCGGCAGAGUAACAUCCAGGAUAACCAGGGUCUGCUCCUAGCCAAGCUGGAAAAAGACGUCCGUUAUCUAACCAUUCAAGCUAACGAACAAGAGUCGCGCCUGGCUGCCGACAAGAAUGAGCACAUGCAGAUGAUGUGCACUCUCCAAAAUGAAUUCGAUACCUUGAAUUCAUCCCUAGCUCCCAUCGCUCUCAUGGCUCCUCUCUUACAAGCUUUCCUGGAAUCCCAACUCCGUUCGUCUUCGAACUCUAAAGAACCAUCUGGAUGGUGCAAUACUUCUUACGGCCAAACAGAGGUCUUGGAGAAGACGGUAACCCGACACUCCUCAGCGAUCAACAUGAGAUCUUGUGCAGAAACUAGAAGUUUGAAGCGGCCAGAAACUCAGGCUCAUAUACCGAAACCUCAGGUCGUGAGGCCGGAUUCUUCUGUUAGCCUGGGCAAGGUUCGGGUAAACAAGCCCUUGGAAGACAGUGAGGUAAAUGUAGUUCAGCGGCCUGUCCAGAAUGAGUCGGAUGAUACCCAGAUAACUCGCAACCAGGAGCCGGGUGAUGUUUCCAAUAAAGUUGAGGCGGAGCAAGAACCAACGACCACACAAGCCAGUGAGAACCAGUUAUACACGAAGGGCGAGGUACAUGGACGGCGCGACGAAGUAGAUGAGCGGCUGACAGAAAACUUGCAAAGACUCCCCAGCUCUGUCGCGCGGAAGUCGAUGAGUAGAAGGAGGAGCCAAAUACGCCCGAAUUCGACCCAACAAGAAAGCAACACAACCGACCUUGCCUUUCCGAAAGCACAAUCAAGAAAACGGACCAGGUCGCGCACUCCUACAGGCCUUGAUCAAGAGCACAUCGUUCGAUCCAAGUCAAUCUCAUAUACUCAGCUACGCAAAAUCUCUUCCCAACCGACCGCGCUCGAUUCCCCUGGUGGCACUGCUAUUCCUCAAGAUUGCCAUCAGAGUUAUCGUCAAUCGAAUCAAGUGAUUAAACAUAUCCAAGCGCAUUCAACUCUUCAUAAGGUCCGUACUCAUCCUCUUGCGAAAGAUCAGGAUGAGAAUGUAGCUGACUUCCAACACCGUCUCUCCCAUCGCGCCUGCUCCUUCUUGGCAAUUGUACGGCCGGUAUUGCCCAUCAAUUGA